UCAAAAAUAUGCUACAGUCUUCUGCUCCAACAGCUUCUUCAGAAAUUCCCUUAAAACUUCAUUCAUACUCGGGUUUUCUCUGAGCACUUCUGAGAGACGAAACCCAGAAAAGAAAUGCCUCAAACGCUUUUCUUAAAGCCCUUCAUUUCAGCUCCUUUGGAUAAUUGGAGGUUUGUUUUUCCUUCAUCCCCUUUUGCUAAACCCUGUAAAUUGAAAGCGUGCACAAAUUCUAUUGGUGCCAAUGUCAAGGUGCGUGGAAGAGUGGGGGUAGUUUGUAUGGGUAUGCUGGCACCAAGAAAGUUCUUGCAGAAAAGGAAGAAAGUAGAAGUUUUCAAAGAUGCUGCGGAUGAAGCUGAGCAGAAGAACUGGAGGAGACUGAUGAAUGAAAUUGAAGAGACAGGUUCUGCUGUUUCUGUGCUCAAAAGUGAAAGGCUCAAGGACAGGACUAUUCCUAAGGAUCUUGUACUUGGAACUUUGGUCAGAUUCAAGCAACUGAAAAAAUGGAACCUUGUCAGCCAGAUUCUUGAAUGGCUCCAAACUCAAAAUUGGUGGGACUUCAGCAAAAUGGAUUUCCUGAUGCUUAUAACAGCUUAUGGAAAGCAAGGGCACUUCAACGGGGCUGAGAAGGUUUUAAGUUUGAUGAAUGAGAAGGGAAUUCCACCAAGUGUAAUAUCUCAUACUGCUCUUAUGGAAGCAUAUGGAAAAGGAGGCCGAUAUAACAAUGCUGAAGCAAUAUUUAGAAGGAUGCAGUCUUCUGGCCCUGAACCGUCUGCUGUGACUUAUCAAAUAAUACUAAAAAUAUUUGUUGAGGGAUGUAAGUUCAAGGAAGCAGAAGAAAUUUUUGAGACCCUUUUGGAUGAGGGAAAAUCACCUUUGAAGCCAGACCAAAAGAUGUUCCAUAUGAUGAUUUAUAUGUAUAAGAAGGUCGGGAGUUAUGAUAAAGCUCGUAAGAUGUUCGCAUUGAUGGCUGAGAGAGGGGUUCAGCAAUCGACGGUUACUUAUAAUAGCUUAAUGUCAUUUGAAACUAAUUACAAGGAAGUUUCAAAGAUGUAUAACCAGAUGCAAAGAGCUGGUCUCCGACCUGACGUAGUGAGCUAUGCCUUACUCAUUAGUGCUUAUGGGAAAGCUAGAAGAGAGGAAGAAGCCUUAGCUGUUUUUGAGGAGAUGCUUGAUGCUGGUGUCAGACCAACCUCGAAAGCUUAUAACAUUUUGCUUGACGCAUUUGCAGUAUCAGGAAUGGUGGACCAAGCUCGAACUGUUUUUAAGAGCAUGAGAAGGGACAGGUAUAAACCUGAUCUUUGCUCUUAUACGACUAUGUUAUCAGCAUAUGUAAAUGCAUCUGAUAUGGAGGGUGCUGAAAAGUUUUUCUUAAGAAUAAAACAAGAUGCACUUAAACCCAAUAUCGUCACUUACGGAACCUUAAUCAAAGGGUAUGCUAAGACAAAUAAUAUAGAGAAGAUGAUGGAGAAAUAUGAGGAAAUGCAGGCAGCUGGUGUCAAACCAAAUCAAACAAUCUUAACGACAAUCAUGGAUGCAUAUGGCAAGAACAGAGAUUUUGGCAGUGCUGUUGUUUGGUACAAGGAAAUGGAAACCUGUAGGCUUCCACCUGAUCAGAAAGCAAAGAAUAUCCUUUUAUCUUUGGCAAAAACAGCAGAAGAACAGAAGGUAGCUAACCAAGUUGUAGGGAAUUUGGACCAGUGUAGCAAUGAACAAGGAGGUACGAAGUUUUUGGUGCCUGUUGAUGAGAAUGAUAGCGAGGAUGAGGAUGAGGACGAUGACAACAAUCAUGAUGAUGAAUUAGAUGGUCCUUCACAGGUCACUUCAUCAUAUGAUGAACAAAAACAUGAACUGAUUUAUUUAAAUGGUGAUAAUGUGAAAAACCUUGACGGCUUACUUAAAGUGGCUGAUUUGUAAAUUGGGGGGGUACUCUAUUUUGUGGUAUAGUUACGUUACUCAGGCUUUAUUAUUAUUAUUCGUGCGAGAAUAUCAGUUGAGAGUUAUUACGUGGAAACGGAAUUCUUCCACACCAGCUUAUUGGCAUUUAAGCAACAGUUUACUGCUUUUGGCUUCA